UUUUUCCGCUUCCCAAUACACAGCUUUCGUAGGUGGAGUUGACCAAGCAAGGCCUCGCUUCAAAUGGGUCAAGUAUUGUGAAUGCUAAGGCUUUUCAAGAAUUCGCAAGCUGCGCAAGCUGCAAGCUUUCCAGAUCACUUCGACUUGUCGCAUCCGGACCUGGCCACCUUGAAGCUGAAGUUUUGGCGGCAUUUGGGCUCGACUUGGUGCGGGCUUCAAAAACAAAGCUCCGCCUAUGUCAGCUACACUGACAUCUCAUGGCUUGCAUGGCUUACUUAUGACAUCUUGAUGAUCUUGAUGAUUCAGUGAUUCAUUCUUUAGAGUAUCAAAUUGCCAAAGAGAGUGCCAGCGCACCCGCCUUCCAAUCAACACCAGCAAUGCUGGCAAGAGCUGUUUAAUCAUGCAUAGGUCCGAUAUGGACAAAGACAAGGAAGGGGGGCACAACUCGCACAACUGUUCACCACAGCCUCACUUGCAGGAGUGGAUCCUGGGAGUGUGAGCUAUCGUCGGCUAUUGCAUGUUGGCAUCUCAGCUUAACAGCCCCAGUUAUUGUUGGCUCCUUCCACUCAUCCUUUCUGGCAGCUGCAGAACUCUGCUGCGAGCCAACUAGCCUUCUUUUUUAGGCACCAUGCUGACCAUGGUGUGAAAACGGUUACAGUUCCAAGCCUCAAGCUGGUCAUGAUGACUGGUAAAGACAAAAAGGUGCUGAGGUAAUCACCUGUAUCACAUGAGGUGGAACUCAUGCAGUUGAAGUCACCUAGACGUGGCCUUGGUUGGGGGUUCAGUAUGUUCAGUUGCCACCAAAAAAGCCAAACGGCACUUGCAGAAAAUUCCACGGAAGGCUCUAUUUCCAAGAUCAGCCUCAAACUUUCAAGCGACCGAUUUAAGUUUCUGGCGCAUGACUUUGCAACAUACUGUACUGUACGUAAUGCUGCAUUAGCCUGAAACACCAGCUUGAGGUGGAAGACCAUCUAAACUCGCUGAUUCAGGCAGCUGCAGCAGCUAUCUCUGUUGCUUGAGAAAGUCCCUCGUCGUGGCUGCAUAAUUUCAAUGACCGGUUCCUCUUCAAGGCACACAGGACAGGGGACCGAAAUUUGCCACCGGUCGAGCGCAGGUUUGGCAAGUGGUACAUUUGUGGAUUGUCAAGACCUGUGUGAGCUUUUUCUGGCAACUACAGGCAGAUGCAAGGAUGAGACACUGUCCAGAAGUCAACCUCCCAGAAAUGCAGGGAUGAUCUUGUAGAAUCAAAGGCUCCCACAUCAGUAAGCUGCAGUUGCAACUUUGAACUGGUGCAGCCUGACUCUUGCAAUCUACUCCAUUUGGCCACAGCACAUCGCUUCUUUUUUCGGUCGUCUCCUUCCGCUUUCUCUGUAGACAGGCAAAAUGCGUAAAUUCAGAAUAUGAAGUGGCACAAGUGUUUUGUUCAAUAGCUGCAGCACAAAUGCAGCACCAGCCUCAAACCUGUGUCAAUUCAAAGGAGGUCUGAAGCAAAUGCAGCGGACCUUCCACAAUCUGGUUGUCGUUUGCACCCAAAAAGCGAUCAACAGAGUCCACAAAUCCCGAUCCUGCUAUUUCAACUGUACUGAAGGUCUCAAAGUGACCAGAAAUUUUUGAGGCUGAAAAACUCAAAGAUGGGAGAUGGUUGCCCAUCGUUUUCUCCACUUACCUUGCAGGGAUUUAUAAGAAGUACCAAACCUCCAGUUUUUGGCAAAAGCUUCAAGUUUCCUUAAGGUUUGUCUAAUGUGUCCGCUCACCAGCCAGUUCGCUUCCUUGGACAUGCUAGUUGUUUCCGCUGCCAAGACGAACUGAAACGGCCAAAGUGCUCAAAGAGUCGCUGAAACACCAAUGCUGCACGGCCAUCCGAAGCUGUGCUUCUUGGCAGCAAGAGUCCUCCUAUGCCCGGAUCUUUUGUCAAGGCUCUAGUGGGACCAACCCGUCCGCAGCACCGGCAUGCUGAUAGGCGGAACAGGUCACAUGCACAACAAACAGCGUCUGAUCCUACAGCUACGAAAAGGGUUUCUGCAUGAUUCUGCAAACUUGUUUUUUACCUCCCGACAAUUUGGGUCGCCUCCUCAACCGAGGUUCAAACCAGUCUCUCCUGAUCAAGUGGGGCCUCAGACUUUUCCUUUCCGGCGGCCUCUCAAUGAGUUGCAUGUGCCGACUUGAUAUUGGCUGCAGCUGUUUGGACAAGGACUAUGAAGUCGUCAAAACUAGGCCAGGGCCGAGUUUGUGGUUCAAAAGGGCAUCAUCGCCUCAAAAGUCACAACGCCUCCUUAAAGCGAACAUUCUUCGUAUCACCUUGCAUGUUUUGCAUGUCCAGCUUGAAGGCUGUGCAAAGCCUUUCUUCGGCCAGUGAAACGACG